AGAACAAUUGACAGGGGCAUCCCUCACCCUGGAGAGGUUGCAGAGGCUGCAUCCCUCAGGCAAGACCUCUGCCCCCUCUGUCCACAUCUCUCCAUACCGCUGCCAAGCACAUCCUACCCGCUGUUUGACAGCCUCAGAGAGGACAUUGUGAAUGAGGGAAAGCUCAGCCAGCUGCAAUUGGAGGGCGUGCUGUAUGCUUGCACCAAACACCAAGAGCUGCUCCCCAGCGGCCAACGAGCUGGGUUCUUCAUUGGGGAUGGGGCGGGCGUGGGAAAGGGGAGACAGAUUGCUGGGAUUAUUCUGGACAACUAUGUCAGGGGCCGGCGGCGAGCUGUGUGGCUCUCAACCUCCACAGAUUUACACCACGAUGCCACAAGAGACCUGAGGGCGCUCGGCAGCCACAUCAACAUCAUCAACAACUGCCAGGAGCUGGACCGGGAGACCAAAGUCUUUGGCCUGUCCAAGGAAAUGCAGGAGGGCGUCCUCUUUAUGACCUAUACAACGCUGAUUCAGCAGCCAGCAAAGGGGAAAAAUGGCAAGAGCAGGCUCCAGCAGGUGAUUGAUUGGGUGGGCGGGCCUGACUGGGAUGGGUGCCUGAUCUUUGAUGAGUGCCACAAAGCCAAGAACUUCACGCCGGGAAAGGAAGCCCAGAGCACCAAGGUGGCAACAGAGGUGCAGGCCAUACAGAACCAGCUGCCCAAAGCCCGGGUAGUCUACUGCUCUGCUACAGGCGUCAGCGAGGUUGGCAACAUGGCCUUCAUGACCCGCCUGGGCUUGUGGGGUCCCGGAUCGCCAUUCGCGGAUUUUCAGGCGUUCCUGGAGAGCAUGAAGCGGCGGGGGGUGUCCUUCCUAGAGAUGCUGGCCAUGGAGAUCAAGAGCGAGGGUUACUACGUCGCCCGCGGGCUCAGCUUCAUGAAUGCUGAAUUCAUGGAGCUGCAGUGCGCGCUUACAGAGGCUCAGGAGCAGGAGUAUGACGAGGCAGUGAAGCUCUGGCAGGAUUUGCGCUGGGAUCUUUCUCAGGCGCUGGAGCUGACCGGCGUGCAGAACAGGGAGGUGUGGAAGCCCUUCUGGGCCACCCAGCAGCGCUUCUUCAAGCUGCUCUGCAUCUCCAUAAAGGCAUGCGCUCUCUUUGUGCCGACAGUAGUGCCGGAGGCCAAGAAGGCGCUGGCAGAAGGGUGCGCAGUGGUGAUUGGACUGCAGACUACGGGCGAGGCGGCGGCUGACGCGAUGGGCCUGGAGCCUGGGCAGGCGUGCGGGUGGGUAUCCACCACGCGCGAAAUGCUGCAUCGCUUCGUGGAGACGCACUUCCCUGUCCUGCGAGAGACCGCCAAGGGGGGUGCGCAUCUGUCCUUCCACUCUUCAGGAAUUACUAAGCUUCAAUUCGUCGAUGCAGGCAAGGGCAGCAUACAGCCGCAGGCGGGGCAGCCGGAGCGGCAGCCGGUGGUGCAGGAGGCAGCCGAGCUGAAGGUGGCGCUGCUGGAGCGGAUAGCUGCCCUGAAGCUGCCGCCCAACUUCCUGGACCAGCUCAUCGACUCCCUUGGAGGGCCUAAAAAGGUCGCCGAGAUGACCGGGCGGCGCGGCCGCGUCGAGCGGGACUCGCGCGGCCACGGCACCUUCCAGCUGCGCGCCAAGCCGGACUCCUCCGAGAUGGACAGCCUCAACGUGAAGGAGGCCGCGGCGUUCAUGAAGGGGGACAAGGUGGUGGCGAUAGUGUCAGACGCGGCCAGCACGGGGAUAUCUCUGCACGCGAGCGCGGAGGCGGCGAACCAGCGGCGGCGCGUGCACUUCACCUGCGAGCUCCCCUGGUCCGCUGACAAGGCCAUCCAGCAGCUGGGCCGCAGCCACCGCUCCAACCAGGUGUGCGCGCCCAUCUACAAGCUGGUGAUGACUAACCUGGGCGGGGAGCAGCGCUUUGCGGCGGCGGUGGCGCGGCGGCUGCAGUCGCUCGGGGCGCUCACCCGGGGCGACCGCCGCGCGGCUUCCGGCGUGGACCUCUCCGAGAGCAACUUCGACAGCCCCCUCGGCCGCAAGUCGCUCAGGAAGAUGUACGACUGCAUCGUGGUGGAGUCGCCGCUGCUGCCCAACGGAGUGAAUCUGCCGGAGGUGCUGGAAGGCGCGGCCGAGUCCGAGGUCAAGGAGGUUCUGGCAUCCAUGCCCGAGCCUGGGCAGCGCAUCAGCGCGGCUGCACUCUGCAUGGGCGUGGGCGUCAAUAUGCAGAGGAAUGACAAUGUUGCUGAAGAGGGCGGCACCGCCGUGACCCAGGGCGCCACAAUCAUCAAAGACCUUGGAGAUGUCAGGCGGUUUCUGAACAGGCUGUUGAGCCUGCCGGUGGCGCGCCAGAAUCUGCUGUUCACCUACUUCACGUGCACGCUGGCCGCCGAGAUCCGCGCUGCCAAGGCCGAGGGGCGCUACUUUGAGGGGGUCUCUGACCUGGGCGGCUCCCAUGUCUCCAAGGUGGAGCCGGAGACGCUGUGGGUGGACCCUUACAGAGGCCUGCGCACGUUGCGCCACGACCUAACGAUCGACCGGGGCCUCUCCUUCGAGGCCGCCUGCCGCCGGCUGGAGCACGAGCGCAAGGAUGGCGACAGGUCGGGGUUCAUGCGCAGCCGUCACCCGAUGUUUGGGCGCAACAUGACGCUGCUGGCGCUGCAGAAGCCGGCCGCUGCCAACUACUUCUCCAUCCUGCGCCCCAACACGGGAGAAUCCUUCUUCGACAUGGAGGCACGCCCCUUGUGUUUUCUACAUGCGGACGAGCUGUUCAUGAAGUAUGCGCGGAUUAGUCAGGAGGAGGCUGAGGAGGGCUGGGGGGACGUCUAUGAGGCGUCCCUGUCCGCAUGCAUGCACGGGCCCUACUGCCAGCAGGGCGCCGACUGCCAGGUGGGCCGGCGGCUGACCAAGGUGUGCAUGCUGAGCGGGUCCAUUGUGCGAGUGUGGGGCGCCCUGGAGAGUGUCCUGGCGCGCUACGAGGGAAUUCUGUCCAAGUCUGACCGCACCAUGCGCGUCGUCCGCGUCGAUUUCGGCGACGCCACCUCCCUCAUCGGUGCGUUGCUUGCUCACUUUUGCGCACACAUGCAGUACUGUUCCUGCUUGCCGUGA